GCUCGCAGUUCCACAGCCUCACGCUUUGCUCAGUUUGGGGACCUGGUGGAUGUGCCCGCGCAGGGCCAAGAGGAGGGCGUUUUUAUUUUCCUGCACGGCUUUGGCGAUUCAGCACGGGGCUUUGCAAGCCAACUUCCCAACCUGCUGCAGAUGCCCCAGAUGCGGUAUGUGCUGCCAACGGCACCUUCAUUGGGAGGCACUGCGCACAGUGCGGACCGUGGGCACGUGCACGUGGAAGGAAACAUAGGCAUGCGCUCCUGGUUUACGCCGGCUGCUUUGGGUGGCGGUGGAGAAAGCGUGGCGGUGAAGGAGAGCGUGGAGUAUGUGCACGAGUUGAUCCGCCAAGAAAUCACGCGUGGUGUCCGUCCAGGGCAGAUUUUUGUGGGUGGUUUCUCGCAAGGCGGCUGUGUGGCCGUGCGGGCUGCCUUGAGUUUCCCGGAUGCCUCACUGGGUGGUGCAGUGGCGGCUUCCACGUUCUUGAGCAUGAGCAGGAGUCCGGAGGCUGUGAGCAUUGCAGAGCCCAACAGGCGUUUGCCGGUCCUUGGCUGCCACGGAGAUGCGGAUGGGGCUGUGCCCAGCUUGGCUGGGAAGCAGCUCGUGGAGCAGCUGAGAAACCAAGGCGUUCCAGCAGAGUUCAAGAGCUAUCCCACCAUGGGCCAUGCCUAUUGCCCGGAGGAGCCAGCGAAGCCGCCGUUUGCAUGGAAAGCACAGCUGGAGGCCCGGGACGUGGUGUCCUUCCUGACGCAACACCUGCGGAAGUCGCGCCCAGAUUCCUGCUGCCACUUCACACAGGAACUGAAAGCCUUGCUGCUGGAGAAUGGAGUAAGUACCCUGGGUUGCUUUGAGAAGUGGGAGCUGCUGGAGCGCGCGAAAGAAGCGAAUCUGUAG